GUUGAACGAGACAUUAUGAAGACAUUAGCUGUCCAGUUGUGGCAUUACUUCAAGCCUGUCAACUAGCAACAUUUAAAAAUGUUCAAGUAUCUUCUAAUACUUUUUAUUGUUUGGUAUCAAACGCAAGGACGUACAUUUGAUGUAAGAGCUGACACUCAGAUCGAUACAAAAUCGCUAACAUCAAAUUAUCAAAAUAACAGUGAAGAGGAACUCAAUAAGAGGCACGUGGUUGUUAUGAACGGACAUAAUAAUUAUCAAGUGGGUCAGCAAAUAUUUUAUAUAUACAAUGAAGAACAAUCAAAACAAUUAACAAAUAAUAAGGCAAAAUUGAACGGCUACAUUAUCACACCUGGAAUAAGUGCGCACAAGCUUCAUCCACGCAAACUCACGUGGAACAAAGCUCGCCAAGCUUGUGACCAGGAAGGAGGUCAUUUGGCGAUUAUCAAUUCGGAAUCGGAGGAGAAGGUCCUUUUGCGUAUUCUAGAAGAGAAAACCAUCAAGUUGGCUUGGCUUGGGCUCCAUGAUUAUUUUGAAGAGAAUGAUUGGGUUACUGUUACGGGCGAGGCCUUAGAAAAUACUGGGUUUACGAGAUGGACUACUAAAUGGCCAAACGAACCCGAUAACCUCGGUGGUAAUCAAAAUUGCGGGUCUCUCAUUGUGGAAGGUGGAAUGGACGACAUCGGUUGUGAUUCAUUACUAUCCUUCUUCUGUGAGAUCCCUCUGUAAAAUUAUAUCGCGUUAAAGAGAUCUAUUAACUCUACAGGGUAAGAUAUAAUAUAUGUUUAUAUGAAAGAUCCUCCUUAAUUUUCAACAGAGGAUCAUCUCUUAAAAUUUUUCGCACUUAUUAAGAAACACUCUGUAUAAUAAUAAUACGUAAUAAAUAAAUGCACAAUUUCAUUUACACAUCUUGUAUCUGUAAUUUUAAAUUGAAGCUUUUGGAGAUUUUUAUAGAAACUCAUUUUUAUGGAUAUCUAUGUCGUUAACAUCGAAGUGUUUGCGCGAUGUCGCAAAUUUGAUUUCCCCUCGUUUUCGCAAGACGUGAGGGCGGAUUAAAUUAAUCGCGACGCGACACCGAACCGCAAUUUCACUCAGUUCUCCGUUAUUCCCCCCCGAUAUUAAGGGAUCCCAUUGAAAGAUCCUGCGUCUGGAGCGCAGCGAUAGCAUACAGUUAGAUUAGCGAAUGUUAUCUAUAGUUUGAACUGCGCGAGUAAGAGCUAUGAAAAGUGUCGCGCUCGCGAUAUUGUACUGCCAUGAAUACUAUUCAGUUGACUCGAAUAGCGAGUAAUCGAGUUUGCGAAUGAAGAUGAUUGAGUUCUCUUCCGGUUUCGUUAUAUGCACGAGAGAUCGCUGGGAAUGAAUGAGCGUCUAUAUCGAGUGAUCGUAAAAUGAAGUUGGCUCCAUUGAAAUUUCGCUAUGAAUACAAGUGCACAUUUUGUAUAUGUAUAUUCUGUAAUUAUAUAGUUUUGUGUGGGUGUAA